GUGGUACUUCCCCGCCGCAGCCCCUCCGAGAAUGAAUGCCUUUGUUUGACUCCUCCAUCCCUCUCUUCUUCAUCGCUCAGCCCUCUCCUCGCUGACUCCAGAUUCUUUUUGCCAGCAGGGGGAAACGUAAACCCUAUUCAACCUUGACUCCUCUCCUCGACUCUGAACCCCAUCUACUCGCCCUACUCCCCACCCAGCAUACAUCAUGGCUCCCCGCGGUCGCGGAAAGUUCUCCAAGCCCUCUCGCGGAGGCGGAAAACGCUUCAGUCGAGACGUCCAACCCGUCGACAAAGACGGUAACCCUGUUGGCCUAUGGCGGGACGCAGACGAGGACGCCCCCUCCUCAAUAGACGAAGACGAAGAAGAAGAAGGCAGCACAUCCGAGUCAGACUCGGACUCCUCUGAAGACGACGACAACAACAACACCCCAUCCUCCUCAAAACCUGGCCCUUCCUCUAUCCCACCUACGGCAGAUACCACCGCCUCAGCAGCCCCCGAACUCACCCGUGAAGAGCGCCGCGCCGCAGCCAAAGCCAAAAAGCAAGCUGCGCAAGCCCGGCGACUCCAAACCGCGGCGCAACCGGGCGAUUUACCCCCGUCCUCAUCGGAUGAGGAGGACAACUCUGACGGAUCGGAUGGCGAGGAUGAGGAUCUACCUGCGAACCCGAACCAUACAAGUAAAUCUCGGUCUCAGUUGAGUAGUAGUGCGGCCGCUGGUGCUGGUGCUAGUGCUAGUGCUGGUAAGGAUCAACAGGAUCUGUCGCAGCUUUCGCGACGGGAGAGGGAAGCUAUCGAGGCGCAGCAGGCCAGGGAACGGUAUAUGAAGUUGCAUGCGGAAGGGAAGACGGAGGAGGCGAGGGCGGAUUUGGCGCGGUUGGCGCUCGUGAGGGAGAAGAGGGAGCAGGAGCGGUUGAGGAAGGAGGUUGAGAAGGAGGAGAAGGCUGAGGCGGCGAGAAAGAGGGCGGAGGAGUUGAAGGCGAAGUUGGGGGCUAAGGGGGGUGGGAAGAAGGGGAAGAAGGGGAAAUGA